AUGGCCGUGCUCUGGGAUUCCGCGUCUCCCGUGGACAAUGGUGAUGAAGUCUUGUUGAAUGUAACGGAGCUGACAGAGAACCUCUCUGUGCCUUCGACACAAGGCUCUGCUCCCAGCGAUGUCCUUAACCUCUACCGGUUGAGCCCCGACAAGCCGUGGACGAAGCAGAUUCCGAAAGACCUGACCGAGCCCGUCGAAAGCCUGGAACCCGUGAAGUCCCCGCUGAUUGUCCGAUGGACCAAGGGUGAAGACGCCCGCUGGCAGGCCCGAUCCUUCACCCUGCAGAGCGAGGAAAUCAGGCAGGCUCUGACGCCAGCGUUCGCGGGUUACUCCGGCAUCACCAUGACUCUGGAGACUCUCACGUUCGAAUACCCGUACGUGCCGUUCGUACGCCAGUGGCAGCAAUUCUGCCAGACACGCGAGGAUACGCAGAACCCGACAAUCCGCUCCUACCUCGACCUGUUGCAUCAGAUUCUGGAUAACGAGGUUGGCGAUAUUCUCACCCGUCGGGCGGACCUGCUCAAGAACGGCGUCAUUACCCACGACCUCCUAUGGACGGUCUUCAUUCCGCAGACUGUUCUCUUCAGCGCGGGGGGGCGACACCCCUCGGGCGUACGAGAUGGCUUUGUCGAGGUUAAGACGCGGUACAUUGACUACGACGGGGAAAAGUACCACUACGAGAACGAGGUGGUUAAUAUCUGCCCAUUCAAGGGCACGAUGGCCCUCGACGCGCUGCAAAUCUUCCCUCCGGCAAAUCACCAGGACGCAGAAGCCAUGCGACAGCGGCUGAUUGACCGCGGGAACUUGUGGGAAUCAUACGAUGGCUCGCAUUACAAGCACGUACGGGACUACGGGCGCGUGAUGAUUGACCCCGCUGGAUACAGGAAGCACCACAACAGCCAUAUGAAUGGAUGGGAGACCGGGGCCACGGAAAUCGCGACGGCCAUGACCGACGAGCAUCGGCUGCUGGCCACCCCGUGGGUGCGCGGUUUCUCGUUGCGGAAGAAGGAGUGGCGGGCGUUUAUGGUCGAUGAGGUUGAGGAUAUUGCCUGGAACAAGGAUGCCUUUGACUCCUUGGUCCUCCCCCGCGGGCAACAAGAUCUAAAGAAGUUGAUUCUCGCUGUCGCGAAAGCCCAGUCGCAGGACUCGUUUGACGAUGUGGUUCAAGGCAAGGGCCAGAGCGUUAACUUGCUUCUAAGUGGCCCGCCGGGCGUUGUGCUUCUGAUUGACGAAGCCGAUGUCUUCCUCGAGGCCCGCACGGUAUCCGAUCUGGCCCGAAAUGAAUUGGUCUCGAUCUUCUUGCGAAAAAUGGAGUACUACGAGGGUAUCCUAUUCCUAACGAGUAACCGCGCCGAGAACAUCGACCCGGCCUUCGACUCUCGUAUUCAUAUUUCACUCCUAUACCCGGACCUCGAUGCUGUGUCUCGGCGGCAGAUCUGGGCGCAGUUCCUUCCCUCCACCGCAGAUAUUACGGAGGCGCAGCUGGAUAGCCUAGCGGAGUUGGAACUUAACGGUCGGCAGAUCAAGAAUUUGCUCAAGACUGCGCAUCUCUUGGCACGGGAUCAAGAGCGAGGACUGCUGUUUGCUGAUCUGGAGACGGUCGUCAACUUAAGGUCUCUGGGCGGGAAGCCCUCAAGCAUAUGGCAGAACUUCCUCAAAAGCUUAGGGCUCGCUUGGCUGGGCUAA